AUGGACGACGAUUCUAACGUAUCCUCAGGCAGCAGGUCAGGCUCCGCAGCAGAAUCGAUCGACUUUCGUUUCCUCAACUUCACCAAUCCAGCAGAUGCACGCAACGCUCAGACACGAAGGAGUGUCCGCAGCCACGUUACUUCAAAGCAACAUGAGAAGCAACGGAAAGCCGCUGCUGCGCAGGCAAGAAGAACGACAGAGCAAUACGCGGACGGCGCUGCUUCCUCCAGUCGACGGCCUCCUAUGAGCAGAUCGACAUCAUCAAUAGGCUCACCAGACACUGAAGCCAGCAGUCCAGAUGAAUCUCCCACCUCACCCAACCCGGGCUCCUACUCACCUGGAUCACUGGUUCGACUGAAUCCACUAGAAGUCUACCCUGAGGAGUGGCAUCCCUAUCUACGGCCUGUGAUGGUAUGGCAAUCACCCCACAAGCACAAUAUGACCGCCAAAGCUAACAAUGACGAGGAUCACUACAUCAACACGAUGUCAAUCGACCUCCAAGAAACAGACGUAGCCUCAAGAGGCCUAAUACGAGACAACUUCCUUGCAAUCGUCUUCUCAGACCGAGCAUCCCUCCACGCGACAAUCCUCACAGCCGCCGCGCACUGGAACAAAAUGCGUCCAACCCAGACACACAGAAUCAACCUGCUGCAACUCCGCGGCAUGGCGAUUCAAGAAAUCAACCGUUCCCUCGUCGACCACAGCGCCGGCGGUCGAGCAACGAGCGACGCCCUCAUCGCUGCCGUGGGCAAGAUGGCAACGUAUGAACUCCUCUUCGGUCAACGAGAUACGUUUCACACGCACAUGACCGGUUUGCAACGCAUGGUCAGUCUACGAGGCGGACUACAGGCACUUGGUCUGGAUGGCUUGCUCGAACGGAUAUUACUAUGGAUCGAUUCGAACGCCGCGAGUAUCACCCAGGGCCCGUUGUACUUCCCCCCAGCGGCUUUCUCUUCUUCAAACGGCCACCCAGCUCCUGAUCGAAGACUGUUUUUGCUCGGGUUGCAACGGCAAUAA